AUGUCUCGCCGAACAAUACAGUCGGCAUCGUCGCCGUCAUCGUCAAUGGCAUCGUCGGCAUCGUCGCCAUCGGCAUCACCGUCGGCAUUGGUAUCGUUCCCGGCAUCGUUCUCGGCAUCGGCAUCGGCAUCGGCAUUGCCGUUGUCGGCACCGGCAUGGUCGCCGUCGGCACCGGCAUCGUCUCCGUCGUCGUCGUCGUCGUCGGCACCGGCAUGGUCGCCGUCGGCACCGGCAUCGUCUCCGUCGUCGUCGUCGUCGACACUGGCAUGGCCGGCAUCGUUAUUGGCAUCGUCGCCAUUGGCAUCGACAUCGGCAUCGGCAUCAUCGUCGGCAUUGCCGUUGUCGGCACCGGCAUGGUCGCCGUCGGCACCGGCAUGGUCGCCGUCGGCACCGGCAUGGUCGCCGUCGGCACCGGCAUGGUCGCCGUCGGCACCGGCAUUGUCUCCGUCGUCGUCGUCGUCGUCGGCACCGGCAUAGUCGCCGUCGGCACCGGCAUUGUCUUCGUCGUCGUCGUCGUGGUCGCCA